GAGAGAACGUUCUUAAUAAUUUCCCCAAUGGGAAGGCGUUUUGCUUUCCCAGUCUCUUAGGAGACCGGGCUAACAGGUCACUGAAAAACAAGUGUUGGUGCCAGGGUCUCCGGAUACAAGGCUUCCUUCUCAGAGACAGGCCAUGGACACGGUACGCAUUGCGGUCGUCGGAGCUGGCGUGAUUGGUCUGUCUACCGCUGUGUGCGUUUCUGAGAUGGUCCCCCGGUGUUCCGUCACUGUCAUCUCAGACAAGUUUACACCUGACACCACCAGUAAUGUAGCAGCUGGAAUGCUUAUUCCUCACAGGUAUCCAGAGACGCCUGAGCCCGUGCAGAAGCAAUGGUUUAGAGAGACCUUCCAGCACCUAUCUGAAAUCGCCAAGUCUGCAGAAGCCUCGGAUGCGGGUGUUCUCCUGGUAUCUGGGUGGCAGGUGUUCCGGAGUGUCCCCGCGGAGGAGGUGCCUUUCUGGGCUGACGUCGUCCUGGGAUUUCGCAAGAUGACGGAGGCUGAGCUCAAGCGGUUCCCUCAGUACGUGUUUGGUCAGGCUUUCACAACCCUGAAAUGCGAGACUUCUGCCUACCUGCCGUGGCUGGAGAAAAGAGAGAAGCCAACGACGGAAAAAUCUCAGUUUGCUUUUUCAGAAAAUGGAGACGCUCGGAUAAUGCAGGAAAAGCCUUAGGUUUUUCUCAUCCCAAUUAUUGUUGAGUUUUUCUCAUUUUCACUAAAAGUAGCUUCAUUGUUAUUAUAAAGUCGCUAACGUGAUCAUGAAUGAGAAUAUGAAAGUGGAGGGCUUAUCUAAAGUACCUAAGGCUUCCUUAAAAUCUCGCCCUUAAACCUUUGCCCUUUCGUUUUGGCUUGGUUCUCAGCACUGCCUUUUUCUAGCUUGUUAGGAUUCACAAGUAGAGUAUUUUCGGCUGAGACACAUCUAUAAAUCUCUUCUUGCUGGUUUGCUCCACAUUGCAUGCUCCUGUGGGUUGGAGAUGUGGGGAUCGUAAGUGCUGUCAACCCCCAAAUCUGGUAAAUAACCUGCAUCUAAAAUGUUUGGGACCAGCGGUAUUUUGAAGUUUAGUUGUCUUUUUUUUUUUUUAAUAUACCUAACGACCGUGGCGUCUGGCCAGUUGGCUGAUAUGGUGGGUGACAAGGGCCACCUGUCCCCUUUUCUAACCUGGAAGAAAGGCUUUGUGGAACAAGGUAGGGUCUGUCGCCGCCCAAGCCCAAGAGGAGCCCUUUAGGCUGGUGGGAAGAGGGGCAAUGCCCCCACGGUGAGGGAAGAGGACAUCUGGGGCUCAGUCUGUGGGCUGGGCAGGCCCAGAUGGGCGGCCACGCAGUCCCUGCUGUUCCUCAGACUCGGGCCUGUUCUGUUGACUCCCACGCCUCUUCGCCACAGUGUGAGCUCUGCCUUCUGUCCUGAUUCAAAAGGGAACACUCCUCUCAGCGUGCCAGGUAGCAGGGGCUUCCGCCUCAGCGCCAGCUAGGAGAUGACAACCUGGGGAACAUAUAUUAUCUCAUUAUAUCUUAGACCGUUCAUUUUUUCCAAGAGCAGAAAAGAUCAUCUUUUUCUCAAACAUUGCCCAGUAAUGUCUAGAACAGCACCCCCCCCCCAAAAAAAAACCCUCAGAAGUUUAAUCACCUAUGCAGGUGAUAUUUUAUAUCUUGGGACUGUAAAGCUGCAUACUUGGCUGUUUUUUUUUUUUUUUUUUUUUUUUUUUGCUUGCCAUCCCAGGAAAUGAAUUGCAGAGGCGGUAAGUCCCCUGCCAGGCAGCCUACCUAAAUAAAUUAUUCUGUGGGGACCAGAGUCACCCUGCAUUUGCUGACAUCUAGAAAGCCUGGUGGUCCCUAUCAGUGUGGGAGGCCUAUACUUUACACGGCUGAUUUCUUUCCAUGGCUCCGAGGAGACCCACGCCGGACACAGCACUGACCUCCCUGCCCUGCCCGUGCUGUUGGUUUUCAUCUCUGUUGCUUUUUCUGGACAGGCCUUGACUCCCCCACUUUUUCUAAUGCUCUCCCACCUGCUUGUCGCCUCCGAUUUCCUAGAUCGUGUAGAAGCACACAUCACCCUAAAGCAUCUUCACCUCCUCCUCUAGGGACUAAGGGACCAUGGCUGCUCCCCUUUAGGGUUAUCUUCCUAUAGAAGCCCUGGGCCAUAUCUGUAUGUCCUCCUCCAAGGGGCCAGAAGCUGCCUUACACUUGACCCCUGGUGUGCUUGCCAUGCCUUGUAUGUUUCCAUGGAGCCUGCCAGACUGGGAUGGACCCUCGGAGAAGUGUACCGUAGCAUGCAGUUCAUCGUGAGGGUGUUGGUGAUGGCAACUGUCAGCAGCCAGGGAACGUUGUCAGGGCAGAAUUAGACUGUAUGCACUUGGAGGCCUUAAAAACCCAAAAUACACUUUAAAGCUCCAAUUAUGGGAAUGUAUGUCAGGCAUAGCGACAGGAAGUGUUGCUAGGAGAAAACUGGGUUCCCCUGGAAAUCUGUAUGCAGAGACUUGAAAAUUUAAACUAGGCUUCUUCUUGUUUUUUUGAACAUAUUGACUGAACAUAGUUGAUUCCUCCCCUCCCUAGCUGAUGGUGAUCAGCCAUCUUGAGAGCUGACUAACAGUGUGUAUGCGACAAUCCCCAAACAGCUCUCGGAUAAGUUCCCAUCCUUGAUCUGGCCAUCCUCACCCCUCUUCAGCGUGUCUUCCAAGCCUCUCACCUCUCCACUCCAACCUGUUUUCACACGGCGACUAAACGCUCAUUCUGACUGACUUUAAAGACCCCGCCGGAGUCACCUCUACUCAUUCUCCGGUGAGAGGAGAGCUGACUGCGUACCAAGAGAGAUGUCCAGAUGUCCUCCUUCAGACAGUUAGGGUCAGAGCUGCUGGCAUCCCUAAUAAACCAGGUUUGGCCCCAUCCUCCGUAAGUCAAUUAAACACACAGGUAAUGGUGAAAAGAAAAAAAAAAAAAAAAAGGAGUGUAAUUCAGUCUAGACACAUUGUGAAGAAAACCAAAGGACUAAUCCACCUUCCAGAACCAGAUCCACCUUCAGGCUGCUAAAAAAAAAAAAAAAAAAAGGGUUAGAGGGCCGCAGGUAUGUGUAGCUGAACGUUUCCCGUCAGGGUGAGAUCUGGCUAUCACUGUGACCAGCUCCACUGUUUUCAGCGUGGUGGUCUAACAAGUUGUCAGAGUUUCGUAAAAUCAGAACCCUUCCUCCUGCCCUUCCCCACCCAAAGGUCUCUGCUCUCUCCUCACUGCAGUAUUUCUCCAGCAGAGACUCUUUGUCCCACUCAGUGCUCUCAGCCAAUAGAUCUCCCUUUUCCUCAUGGAUUCUGGGGCCACCGUGUGCGCUCUCUACAGGACGGCCCUCACACGUUUGCCAGGAGCUGAGAGGAAAGUGAUCCAGCAUUUUACAUCCCCAGUCAGUCUCCCCAACUUCUGUAGUAGCAGCUUCGUAUGGUUGUAAAAGUAACUUUUAGGCACCUGGUCAUCUAAGUUAACAUCUGCUUUCGGGAAACCUCCUCCUCCAGCAGCUAACAAGGGAAGGGUGGGGCCUCAUAAGCCCCUUCCCAUCCGUGAUGAAAUAUUGAUGGGCCCAGUCUGUGAAGGUCCUUUUCAGAUCAUAACAGCUGCUGCGAGUUCAUGAUUUCAUCAGCUAUAUGAUGUCCAGAAGACACAUUCUCCUCCCCGCCCGUGCUUUCCUCCCCACCUGGCUCUAACAUUCUUUCUACUCCAUCUUUCUGUGGGGUUCGUGUUUACUUCUUAAACAGCACAAACACAGUACAAACAUCCUGGUUAGUGUUACCACAAAACACUCAUGUUGCAGAAAAUAAAGGGUAUUGGGCUAAUAAUGUUUAUUAUUAGCCUUAUAAUUAAUACGGUGGAAUUAUCGAUCACAAUCAAUACAUGACACAGAUACCAGAUAGAUUUUUAGAAGAGCCUGAUUUCACCUGGGGCAUAGCAGAUGUUAGUCCUCUAAACUCUCCUUACCACUACUCAGCCCCCAUCCCAGGCCAUCUGCUUUAAUCCUUCCUAUCUGGGCGACCUCCCAUCCAGAAUCCCAAAAUACUUGCUGAUGUUCUUGAUUUGGGCCAAUUUCUUCCAUUUGUGCUGAUCUGCCAUGUGCUUCCCCCACGCUAACCCAUGGCAGUGUCCUGCUUCUCCCUUCUUCUUCCUCCUCCUAUACUUGUCUCCUUCCCACGACCCUUCUCUCCCCAAAGCCCAAGAACCUUAGCUAUGACUACCACCUUCUGCCCUGCCCAGGUGUGGGCCUUUUAAUCAGCCAACCAGAGAUGCUUGGGGAACAUUCCUUCUCAUGGCAGGGGUGCAGGAGAUAGUUCAUCAUUAACAACAAUGUCCACGGUAGCAUGGUAACCAGAUCUCAAGGCACUGAAGUCAGCGUUUGAAUAAAUGACACCAGGCCAACCCCAGCACACCCCUUUACUCUUCUUUCUGUAGCAGGGUUAUGCCUGAUUUCAUUUUUAAAAACAGCUCAGUGUCCAUCCAAUGAAUGUAAUCUCAGCUUCCAUAUUGUUCCAUGGAGAGAGUGGAAAUCGAGGUACAUAGAAUAAAUAAGUAAAUAAAAGUUCUGGCCUCACUCCUUUCAAUCACUCUGUCACACGAAAGGUUUUCCUUGGUUGUUUGUGGUCCCAUGAAGAUGCUUGACAGCGUCUUUGGUUUUCUUGUCCCGGGUAAAUACCAUUGCCUUCCAUUAGUUUUCUGAAUAACAAGCAAGGGUACAUAGGGUGAAAAUUAGUGCUUAAAACAUUCCCACCAGCAAUGGAAGAGGGUUCCCUUUCUCCACAUCCUCUCCAGCAUAUGUUGUCACUUGAGUUUUUGACCUUAGCCAUUCUGAUGGGUGUAAGGUGAAAUCUCAGGGUCAUUUUGAUUUGCAUUUCCCUGAUAGCUAAGGAUGUUGAGCAUUUCUUUAAGCCAGAAGCUGGAAACAACCCAGAUGUCCCUCGACAGAGGAAUGGAUACAGAAAUUGUGGUACAUUCACACAAUGGACUACUACUCAGCAAUUAAAAACAAGGAAAUCAUGAAAUUUGUAGGCAAAUGGUGGGAACUAGAAAAGAUCAUCCUGUAGGCAAAUGGUGGGAACUAGAAAAGGUAUCCCCAAAGCAGAAAGACAUACAUGGUAUAUACUCACUUAUAAGUGGAUAUUAGACAUAUAAUAUAGAAUAAACAUACUAAAAUCUACAGACCUAAAGAAGCUAAACAACAAGGAGGACCCUAGGGAAGAAGGUUAAUUCUUAUUCAGAAGGACAAAAAGGAUAGAUAUUGAAAAUAGGGGAAGAUAGGGAACAGGACAGGAGCUCACCACAGAGGGCCUCUGAAAGACUCUACCUAGCAGGAUAUGGAAGCAGACGCUGAGACUCAUAGCCAAAGUUUGGGCAGAGUGCAGGGAAUCUUAUGAAAGAAGGGGUGGGGGGGAUAGAAAGACCUGGAGGGUCAGGAGCUCCACAAUGAGAGGAAAAAACAUCUGGGCACAGGGGUCUUUUCUGAGACUGAUACUCCAACCAAGGACCAUGCAUGGAGAUAACCUAGAACCCCUGUGCAGAUGUAGCCCAUGGCAGCUCAAUGUCCAAGUGGUUUUCCUAGUAAGGGGUACAGAGACUGUCUCUGACAUGAACUCAGUGGCCUGCUCUUUGAUCACCUCCCUCUGAGGGGGAGCAGCCUUACCAGGCCACAGAGGAAGACAAUGCAGUCACUCCUGAUGACACCUGAUAGGCUAGGGUCAGAUGGAAGGGGAGGAGGA